ACACUCUCGUUUUCGUUACAGAAAAUGUUAUUUUUUACUAAGUGCUUUUAGUAUUUGUUUAAUUAUUUUCUACUGCAUUAUCAGUCAUAAGCAAAACUUAAUGUUGUUAACAUUUUUCAACAACAACAACCACGAUAGCAAUAAUAAUAGGAACAGCAAAAACAAUAGUUUUAACAUUAGACAUAUAAGUCUAACAUAUACAACAAAGAAACACGUAGAUGACAUAAAUAAACAACUACGUGAUUGGCAUAAUUACUCACAUACACGUCUACAGCUACAACAGGUAAUCACAACAACACGCGAUCAUUCGCAACAAAGUUCCAACAACAGCAAUAAGCAAAUACAGCAGCAACAACAAAACUUUUAUGCACCUAAAUCAAAAUAUAAGAAAAAACUUCAAAGUCGUCAACCACAAGACAAAAUUUUAAAUGCAGAUAAUUUUGGUCAAAUAGCCAUUACAAACAGCACGUACAACUUGAAAUUGAUUGAAAAUAAACAAUUUAAACAUGCCAACAACAACAAACAAAAGGAAAAGAACAACGACAACAGCAACAAAUACGAUUAUUAUAAAAAACGUUCGCAAUUAACCGGUUUUAAUGUUGAGCUCUCGGAGAGUUUGCCAUUGCAGCGUUUAAUACCAGAUACCAGACACAAAAGCUGUAAAACAGAACUUUAUCCAGCCGACUUACCAAGCUGCAGUAUUAUAAUAAUUUAUCACAAUGAACAAGCCACCGUAUUGCUAAGAACCCUUUAUACAAUUAUCAAUCAAACACCUGAUGAGUUGCUUAAGGAAAUCAUACUAGUCGAUGACUUUAGUGAACCGAAUAAGGAAAUUGAUCGGCACAUAGAGAGUCAGUUUCCCGAAUUAGUAAAAAUAAUACAUCUUAGCCAGAGAGAAGGUUUAAUAAGGGCACGUUUAAAAGGGGCGAAGGAAGCUCUGGGAGAUGUCUUAGUAUUUUUAGAUGCUCAUGUUGAAGUUAAUGAAAAUUGGUUGCCUCCCUUAUUAGCGCCUAUUGUGGAGGAUGAAAAAACUUGCACUACACCCAUAAUAGAUAUUAUUAAAUAUGAUACUUUGGAGUAUCAGGGUUCUAUGCCUUCGAGAGGAGGUUUCAAUUGGCAAUUUAAUUACGUGCAGUUGCCCUUGCUGAGAGAGGAAAAAACUUUACAGCCACAACCCCAUAAUAAUCCGAUAAUGAAUGGCGGCUUAUUCGCAAUAAGCCAAAAGUAUUUUUGGUUAUUGGGGGGAUAUGAUGAUGGUUUAGAGAUUUGGGGUGCUGAACAAUUUGAAUUGAGUUUUAAAAUAUGGUUAUGUGGUGGCAGACUACUAGAAGUACCCUGUUCUAGAGUAGGUCACUUGUACAGAGAUCCUGAGUUUAGGGUAAACUAUACGAGCAGAAAAGAUGACUUUAUAUCCAAGAACUAUAAAAGAGUGGCCGAGGUCUGGAUGGAUGAAUAUAAGGAGUUUCUAUAUGAACAUAUACCCAAGCUUAAUCUUAUCGAUGCUGGUGAUCUUAAACAACAAAAGCUCCUUAGAAAACAAUUAAAGUGCAAACCAUUUAAAUGGUUUCUUAAGAAUAUUGCUCCUGAUCUCCUAAAAGCUUAUCCACCAGUAAAACCUACCGAUUUUGCUCUGGGUGCCAUACAAAGUCUAGCUGUACCUAAACUCUGCCUUGACUUGGACUCCGUCGAACGUAGACAGAUUUUAAAAGAUGUACUAAAACCCUGUUCUCCUGAUCUCAAAUAUCCCUACGCUUCACAAAGGUUUCAUUUAAGCUUUCGCCAUGAUCUGCGCCAUCAAGAAAACUGCUUAGAGGUACAAACAUGGUCUUCUCAUGCGCCCAUUUGGCUGUGGCCCUGUCAUAAUUUAGGUGGUAACCAAUAUUGGUAUUAUGAUCGUAAUACUCAAAUGUUCGUACAGGGAAAGACUGAUUUUAACCAACGAUGUUUAGAUAUGGAUCGAGAUAGUCUUAAGAUUUUUGUAAGUUACUGUGAUUUUGGCCGUCAGGAACAAAAAUGGCUUAUAGGCUAUGUUAACCAAACGGCCAUGGAUCAUUUCUUUGAGGAGUGAAUAAAGAAGCAGAUUUUAAUAUUAUUGCUGU